AUGAGCAAAGUAAAGUUAGAACUUCCAUUUAUGAUGAAUGUACUUCUAUACAUUCAAGACUUUAGAACAGUCACUCAUUUUUUUCAAGUCUCUAAAAAAUGUCAAGAGUCAGGUAUUGGACUUAGAGUAAAUCCUUUGUUUGAUUAUAGUGUUGUUAGAAACAAUGUUUAUUAUUCAUAUUUUAUUGUUAAUUCAAAUGACCACGUUCGUUCAUUUAUUGAUAAAUUGUUUUUAUACUUUCCAAAUAUUGAAACACUUCAAUUACAUCCAAAACAAUUAACAAGUUUAACAGAAGAACAAUUUAAUAAAGUUGAAAGAAUUAGAGUAAAUUUUAAUAAUUGUUUUAGUCUAGAAAAAAUAACACAAAAAUGGGGAAGUAAACUUACAUCAAUCAAAAUGAAUCAAAUCAUUUCAAAUAAUCAAUUGGAAGGAUUUGAUUAUUCUGGAUAUCAAAAAGCAAAUACUCUUCAAGUUGAAGCAGAUUGUAUUAAUGAGACAAUAUUAAAAAUGCAAAAUUUAAAUCAUCUUAUUAUUUUUGUUGAAAGUGAAACUUCAUGGUUAUGUCUUAAAGAUAUAUUACAGAUUAUUAGAAAAGGUUCAUUCAGAGUUAGUGUUAUUUUUGGAGAUAAGAAUAAGUGGGGACAUUAUUCAUUAACUGAUAAAGAUAAAUCAAUUACAAUUGAUACUAUUAUUAAAACAUUUCCAUUGUAUCAUUUCUUUGUUAAAAAUACUCGUCUUUAUCCAAUUGAAUGUUAUCCAUUUUUCCCUAUAGAGUCAUCAAGUCAAUUUGAUUAUUCAAAGUCUGUUAUUACUAAACAUCAAGAAUGGUUUAAUGAAAAAUAUUUACCAACAAAAUUAAAAUUAGCAUUUGGAUCUCUUACUAAUGAAUAUUUUGGAUGUGCUGAACUUAAUGUUGAUUUAACCCCAUUUAAUUGUUUAACUUCUCUUGAAAUUUGUCAAAAAGCUAAGUCAUAUACUCUUCCUAAUUGUUUAAAAAGACUUAAAAUCACUGGUCUUCUUGUAGACCUUUUAAUUCCCAAUAUAGAUACAGUUAAAGUAACUUCAUUAAGAGUUUUUCAAUUCAUGCCUUUUAUUGACAAAAUGAAAUACCUUCAAGAAUUAAAAUUAGAUAAAGUUCUUUGUAAAUUUAUUUCACCAACUACAUUAACUAAACUUGUAAUUAAAAAUAAAUUUAAAAAAGAAGUUAUUCUUAACUCAGGAUUAAAAGAACUUUCUCUUCCUCAAUUACCUGGAAAACUUAUUUUCCCUUCUUCUUUAACUUCACUUACUACUCCUUAUCUUCUUGACAAUGGAAUUAAUAAUUGUUAUUUACAAUCAUUAUCUUUAGGAAAUUUAUCUUAUCUUAUUGAUUCAAUGAUUCCUAAAACUGUUACUCAAAUUAGUUGUGGAAUUGUUGAAUCAAUUUCUUUAACUAAAACAACUCAAUUAAAAGAAUUAUUUUUUGUACUUUUCGUAAAAAGAAAGAAGUAUUAUCUUAACAAAAUAGAUUUACCAUCAUCAAUUAACCAAUUAACUAUUUGGGUUAAUAACCAUGAUAAUAUAGAUAUUAACCAAUUCAGAUCAGAUAUGGGAGAUUACUUUGUUGGGAUUAAGUCAUUAAUAUUAGAUGGUGAUUUUAUUGACGAUUUACUUACUUUUGAUGAAUAA